CUCGCCAUGCACCGCCCCGGUGUCCACUUCGAGAUCCUGUCCAACCCCGAGUUUUUGGCCGCCGGUACCGCCGUCAACGAUUUGCUGUACCCCGAUAGAAUUCUCAUCGGUUCCGCUCCCACCCCCUCCGGGAAGCGGGCCGCCGAGGCUCUGCUCGAGGUCUACGCCGCUUGGGUUCCUCGCGAGCGUAUCCUGACCACCAACGUGUGGUCUUCUGAGCUUGCCAAGCUGGUUGCCAACUCUAUGCUGGCCCAGCGAAUUUCCAGCAUCAACUCCAUCUCUGCCGUCUGUGAGCAGACUGGCGCUGAUGUUGACGAGGUCGCCCGUGCCAUCGGUGUCGACCCCCGUAUUGGCAACAAGUUCUUGAUGGCCGGUAUUGGUUUCGGAGGCAGCUGCUUCAAAAAGGACGUUCUCAACCUCGUCUACCUGGCCGACACCAUGGGCCUCCCUGAAGUUGGCGAAUACUGGAGACAGGUCGUCAAGAUGAACGAGUACGCUCGUGACCGAUUCACCAACCGCGUGAUUAAAUGCCUCAACAACACCCUUGUUGGCAAAAAGGUCACCAUUCUCGGCUACGCCUUCAAGAAGAACACUUCAGAUACUCGUGAGGCUCCUGCUCUGGAGAUGAUCAAGACGCUCCUGGAGGAGCGACCCCGCGAGAUUGCCGUCUUUGACCCUUGCUGCAACCCGUUCGUCGUCAAGAACGAGAUCAAGGCCCUUCUCGGACCCGAAAUCACAGCCAGCGUCCACGUGUACGGCAAUGCCUACGACGCCUGCAAGGACAGCACAGCGGUCGUCAUCGCUACCGAGUUCGAUGAGUUCCGCAACCAGCCCAUCCCCGUGGCUGCUCCCAAGCCCGUAGAUCAGCCCGAGCCCAAGAUGCUUGGCCGCAAGCCCAACCCCAAGGCGGACCCCAGACCGUUCAAGGAGUCGGCCCCCACGGAGAACGAUCUCUUGGCGCUGCACAAGCACCUGGUGCAGCGCGACGGCCAGACUUCCGAGGAUCCUCUGGACCGAUUCAACGUCGAGCCCGACUGCGACGAGAGCUGCCCCGACUGCAUCCAGGCCAAGGAGAGCAAGGAGACGGGCUUUGCCACUGGCAUGGGCAGCGCCGAAGAGUACAAGCCCAAGGAGCGACUGGACUGGGUGCGUAUUGCCGAGACCAUGGCCAAGCCCCGAUGGGUGUUUGACGGCCGUGGUGUCAUUGACUCUCGCGAGAUGGUCAAGCUGGGCGUUCGCGUCGAGAGUGUCGGUCGCCAGCACCGCUUCUAGUUGCGUGAUAUAAUGUCGGUGGUUUUUCUUCUUUGUUAAAGGGCGGCUGCGAUACGACCUUUACUCCUUUUUUGAGGCUGUGCAUCGGUAAUGCAGGUGGGCCUAGAACAAAACUACCUUAUUGUUUUAAUUAACCUUUGGAUCCUUUGGAUGACAUUGUGCGGCGGCAGAUGUGAGACAUUCUGCAUCACUUGGGAAAGAAUUUGUUUGGUGGCCUGGGAAGAGGAAAAGAAAAGAGCGGUCACCAUGCGAGACUUGGACGGGGGUGGUUUUGACCAGCCUCUAGAUUAAAUUGGAUUAAGCAAUCUAGAAACGAAUACCUGAUACAAUAUUUUAAUUGUGAAUGAAUAAGUGAAGAG